AAGAAGCGACACCUCCGCCCGCCACCUCACACAGCACAGCCAAAGCAUGUGAAAGUCCAAUAGCGUGGGAAGAUCAAAUGCAAGCGCAACUAUUGACACAUGUCUGGUGCAACGGACCUGACAAAACGGACUCCACAAUAGGAAGAGGUAAAAUAUAA